AUGGGCUGGACUAUGAUUCUAAAAGAUGACUUUGGGGUCAUUGCCUGGACGCGACGAGCUGGGAACUACCUGGGCCUCUUCCUCCUCUUCUCCCUCUUCUUCAGUCCAGUCCAGUCAGACCUUGUGCUUCAUAGGGAGCAUCAGUUCUCGUGGAAAACAGGUCAGUGGGGUCAGUGUAUCGGGGAGGAGUGUGGCUCUGGUGGGAUUCAGACCAGGACAAUAUGGUGCGUCCACACGGAGGGCUGGACCACCCACCACUCCCACUGCCAGCACACAGUCAAGCCCGAGAGCCAGCGGCAGUGCUUCAAGGUCUGCGACUGGCACCAGGACCUAUUUGAGUGGGAGCUGUCCGACUGGGGGAGCUGCCUCCUCAUCCCUUUCUUUUCCAAUGAGCUCAAGCUGAGGACAGCCGAAUGCGUUACAGCGCAGCACGGCAUCCAGAGACGCCAGGUCCACUGUGUACGCACUUCGAACCGCACCACGGUCACCUUGAGGAUAUGUGAAUUCUUUUCCCAGAAGCCACCUGUGGAGCAGGCCUGCCUGGUCCCCUGCCCCCAGGACUGUGUGGUGUCAGACUUCACCUCCUGGUCAGGGUGCAGCAGAACGUGCGGCGCCGGCCUGCAGCAUCGGACUCGACACGUCCUGGCCACGCCCAUGUACGGAGGGGCACACUGCCCCAACCUGACUGAGACCAGGACUUGCACUCUCUCUGUCAAUUGUCCGGCUGGGGAGGGCGAGUACCAGUACACACUUAGAGUCGGGGCCUGGAGCGAGUGCAGGCUGCCCCAUCACAAGGACGCCCUGUUAAGUGGAAGGACCACAGUGGAUUUCAGCUCCAGCUCCAAUGAGAACAACACAGUCACACUGCACACACUGACCUCUCAUCACCACUCACACCACAACCACCACAACCAUCAUCACAACACUCAUUCACUCAACAAAUACCACAUGUCUUGGGAGCUGGAGGUGGGAUACCAGACACGACAAGUGCGCUGCACACGCAGUGACGGAAAGAAUGCAAUGCUGAGUCUCUGUACGAAGGACAGCUCCCCUCUGACCUUCCAGGCGUGUGUGAUGCCCAAAGACUGCCACAUUUCCAAUUGGUCGUCGUGGAGGCCGUGCUCCAAAACCUGCCGCUCCGCCGACCUGUCUCCCGGCUACCGCCUCCGGUUACGGAUCAUGACACAGAUCCCUAUCGGCGGAGGGAGACGCUGUCCUGUCCUUGAGGAGAAGGAAGCCUGCAACAUCAUGGGAGAUUUACUUCCAAACUGCCCCAGGUACAUGUGGAGGACCACCGACUGGGGCGACUGUCGCGUGCUCCCCUUGCUGAGCCAGCAGGCCCGGCGGCUGGUUAACACCAGUGUUCUGUGUGGAGAGGGGAUCCAGACCAGGAAGACCUACUGCGUUCAAGCCCCUGAUGACUCAGCACCACAUCACAGGAAAGAGCUGUCCAGACCGGUGAGCACCAGGCUGUGUGCUGCCAUGGACACCCCCUCUGCCGUCCAGUCCUGCUCCGUCCCCUGCCAGAACCACUGCCUGCUCUCCCAGUGGACAACCUGGGGCGCCUGCCUCCACGACAACUGCAAAGAACCACAGGGGAAGAAAGGUUUCCGACAGAGGAGGAGAGAGGUUUCGUGGGAGUCCAGCAGUUCUCCAGACACCUGUCCUCACCUGGUCGAGUCCGUCCCCUGCGAGGACCCUGCCUGCUACCUGUGGCAGGUCCAACAAGAGGGAAGCUGCGUUCUCAAGGAACAGCCCUGUGGUCCGGGAACUGCCGUCCAGAAUGUGACCUGUGUCAGCUCUGAAGGGGAAGUGGUGCCGGUCGGCCGCUGUGGAGAUGACCCCCCGCCCACAGAGGAAGCCUGUGAGGUGGCCUGUGCUGCAGACUGUGUGGUCGGCUCCUGGUCCUCCUGGUCGCCCUGCUCCCACAGCUGUGCCACCAGGAGCUCGGAGGGCCGGCAGAGCCGCGCUCGCACCGUGAUGGCGAUCCCAGGGAAAGAUGGGAAGGAGUGUCCCACAGCUCCAGCCCUGGAGGAGUGGAGGGUCUGUAACGACCAUCCUUGCGUGGUGUUCUACUGGGAGGCCUCGGCCUGGGGCCCCUGUAUCCAGGACACAUCCAUGGAUCUCAAUGGCACCAACUUGUUAGAAGGGACCCCUACAUGUGCCGUGGGCGUCCAGAUCCGCAAAGUCACCUGCACCAAGAUGAAUGUCGGACCUGUCAUAAAUAAAAGGUGCUCGGAUUCUUCUCGUCCCGACACCGUGCGACCCUGUCUGCUCCCCUGCAACAAGGACUGCAUCGUGACGCCCUUCAGCGAAUGGACGGCCUGCCCCUCAACCUGUGUGCCAGAAAAUGCGACCGCAGCCACGCAGUCUCGAUACAGGACCAUCAUUCAGAGGUCUGCUGAUGGAGGUCAAGAGUGUCCCGACACCCUGUAUGAAGAGAGAGAGUGUGAAUCACUUCCAGUUUGUCCAGUGUUCAGGUGGAGGACGCACAAGUGGCACAGCUGCACUCUGGUUCCAGAGUCAGUCCAGCGUGGGUUAGGUGGACCAGGAGAAGCCUGUGGAAAUGGUCUCGAAACAAGAGGAGUCAGUUGUGUCGGGGAGAGCGAUGACUCAGCCAAUAUGACGGAGUGCCUGCGCUGGGCCGGCCCCUUGCCCCCUCAGUUCAGAGAUUGUCGGGUGGCUUGCAAGGAUGACUGCACUCUAACUGCAUGGUCCAAGUACUUGGAAUGCACAGGAUGUGGCAGCUCCACAAGUCGCCAGCGCUCCCUCACAGGUCGCAGCAAAAAGAAGGAGCACUGCUCGAAUGAGAGCUUGUUCCCUCUGGAGGAGACGGAGCCGUGUCCCUGCGAUGAGUUUGUGUCCCAGCCCUCUGGGAACUGGUCUGCCUGCAUCCUCCCUGCUCCCUCGCUCUCCGGGUCCCUGCAGGCCUGGAUGAGCCAGCGGGAGGUGAAGGAAUGUGGCCAAGGUCUGAGCUACAGAGCAGUGGCCUGCGUUGACCAGCAGGGACACCCGGUCAACCCAAGGCUCUGCACGGACUCAGGCUACAUGGUGGAGAGUUGCCACAUUCCCUGUCCCCUGGACUGUAAGCUCAGCAACUGGUCGGCCUGGUCGCCCUGCAGUGCGUCCUGUGGGGGGGGGCUGAAGAUCCGCUCCAAGUGGCUCAGGGAGAAAGCGUUCAACGGGGGGCGGCCGUGCCCCAAGCUGGAUCUGAAGAACCAGGUGUACGAGGCCGUGCCGUGCCACAGCGAAUGCAGCCAGUUCGAGUGGAGGAUGGAGCCCUGGUCCAUUUGCACCAUCAACACCGUGGAUGACCUGCCAGCCUGCGGGGAGGGAGUCCAGAGCCGAAAGAUCAGGUGUGUGAAGAAGGGAUCGAGUGGGGAGGUCAGCAGUGUGGAGGACAGUCUCUGUGAUCAGGAGGAAGUGCCGCCCAGAGCCCAGGUCUGCUUCCUGGCCUGUCGCAACGACUGUGUGGUGACUCCCUGGGGACCUUGGAUCAGCUGUUUCCUGCAGUGUGACGAAGGGACGGCGAGGAACAGGAGCAGACGGGUCCUCCGCCCCCCCUCCUCCGAAAGCUCCGCCUGUCCAGAGCUGCUCCAGUCCGAGCCCUGCGUCCUCAACAGUACCUGCUUCACCUUCCAGCACCAAGUGUCAGAAUGGAGUACAUGCCAGCUGAGUGAAAACGCCAUAUGUGGCCAGGGGUCACGGCUGCGUAUCCUGGACUGUGUUCGCAGCGAUGGGAAGAUCGUAGAGCUGCAGAAGUGCGAGCAGCUCGGCCUGACCAACAAGUGGAGGCUGUCGGAGCGCUGUGUGGUUGGCUGUCCUGUCAGCUGCAUGCUCUCCGAUUGGUCGCCGUGGGCGGAAUGCUCGCACACCUGCGGCAGCAAAGCUCUGACGGUGCGCACGAGGAGAAUCCUGCAGGAGGCGCACGAGGAGGGGCGUCCCUGUCCCACUCAGCUCACCCAGACCAAGCCAUGUCCCAUCAAGCCUUGCUAUAUAUGGCUGCUGAGUGACUGGUCCCAAUGCGCUGUAGAGGGUGCAGAGUGUGGUGAGGGGCUGCGGAGGAGGAACCUGUCCUGCGUGGUCCACUGGGGCGACUGGCCCGAGUCUCCUCCUCAGCCGGUGGACGCCGAGCUCUGCGGAGACAAAGUGAGGCGGCGGAUCCAGCAGCAGAUGGAGCAGCCCUGCUUUGUUCCCUGUCCAGGAGACUGCCAUUUGACGGAGUGGUCCUCGUGGAGCUCCUGCCAGCUGACCUGCCUGGAGGGGCGGAGCUUCGAGACCACGGGUCGCCAAGCUCGCUCCCGAGCUGUGAUCAUCCAGGUCCGGGAGAAUCAGGGCAGCUGCCCGCAUCAGGUCUUCGAGACGCAGCCCUGCAAAGAGGGGAAAUGCCACAGUUACCAGUGGAGGACGGGGGGGUGGAGCAACAACCAGCGAGUGGUGUGGUGUCAGCGCUCAGACGCCGUCAAUGUCACAGGCGGGUGUUUCCCUCAGAAGAGGCCCACCACGGUCAGACACUGCCAUCCUCCGUGCGCCAAACCCUUCUCCCACUGCACGCCGAGCGGAGUGUGCGGGUGUGAGCGCGGCUACACCGAAGUGAUGACCACGCACGGUUUCCUGGACUACUGCACCAGGACGCCGGGGGUGGACAACCACAAGAAAGCUGACGUGAAGACCAACUCGGGAAGAUUAAAUCCGGGGCCGUCUCCGGCUCGCGACCUCUUCAACGAGUGGACCCUGCGACCCGUCGGCCCAGAUGGAAGAGUGAAGCUGUGGGUUUACGCCGUGACCGCCCUUGGAUUCAUCAUGAUACUCUUCAUCGUUACCUUAACAUUCCUGGUCUGUAAGCCAUCCAAAACCACCAAGACGUCUCCUCCACCACAGAAGCCCUUGACCCUGGCCUAUGACGGUGACAUGGACAUGUAACCCGGCUGCUGCUCAACCUCACAACGACACGCCCGGCCUCUGACCGACUCCUGACUGCGUUCUGACCUGUUGGAGCCGGGAGACUUU